GUAAUAACCCCCCACGGAAGCAGAAUAUGGGUCAUUCCAAAAAUGGCGGCGGUUUCUGGUAGUGUGAAGUGAAACUUUCCAAAUAUUGCUGAUAAAACAUAGCUAUUCUUUAAUCUAUUUGUAUGAUUCUCGUCGAGCAGAUAUUAAAGUAAUUAUUGUUGGACUACUGCUGUAUCUGACAUCAAGCAACACGGUCGAAUGAAGAUCGCGAACGGUGGGCUUUCCUCAAAGUUGACGCUGUCCUUGCAAAUCAAUGGACAAGCUUCAGGACCUCAGCCAAUCCGAGUUGGAGGAUUUGCUGGACAAUACAGAGCGGGUGGAGUCCAUGGCAUUGGAAUCUGAUGAGAUUCAGAACAUCCAGCUGGAGAGGGAGAUGGCACUGGCCUCCAACCGUAACCUGGCAGAACAGAACCUGGACAUGAAGCCUCGCCUGGAGAGACAGCGAGAACAUCUAGUGGAGAGAUACUCUGAACUGGAGGGAGUCAGAGAGACCUACAGACAACACUGUGACCAGAAAGAUGGCAUCAUGGGGCAGGUAUCACCAGAGGGGUUGUUCUCCAGACUCCAGACAGAGGGCGCCAGCACAGAGACUGAGUCAGAGAGUCUGGCAGAUGAGUUUCUGGACGGCCAGCUGUCUCUGGACUCGUUUCUUGACCGCUUCCUCUCCCUCCGCUCCCUCGCUCACAAAAGACGAGUGCGGAUAGAGAAACUGCAGGAGAUCCUGCGCCAGAAGGAGACCGCCGCCGGGGACGCCGGCUCCAUGACAUCACAAACAAGCGCCAAUCAGGACCCAGCGACAACACAGUCAUCGCCAUGGAAUCAUCCUCAUCAAGCUCCUCAGCAACAACAACCGCAGCAGAAUUCCAAUCCCAACAAUCACUCUAGCUUCCAAAACCCCUCUUCCCAAAAUGGCCCUGGCUCCGCCCUACCUUACACCCCUUACCCCGUCGCCCCUCCUAACCCGACAGCCACUUCCGCAGGACCAGGCCCGUCCAUUCCCCCAGGUCAAUUUCCUCCCUAUCCCAGCCCCGGCUCACCUUUCACCUCAGCGGCGAGCUACUCAGCCCGUCCCGCUUUCGGGCCUCCGGCCAAUGCCUGCCCGUACCCCACCCAGCCCACGUUCCCUGGCGUCCCCGGCUCAGGGUCUGCGUUCGGGCAGUACAGCGCCCCCUACCCUUCUGCGUACCCUUACGGCGGGAUUGAGGGGUAUAGCUACCCCACGGGCCCUGCUCUGCCCAACUCUCAGUCCCCCACAGGCAGGCCGUUGUACAGGCCCGGGUUUGGAGUGCCACAGCCCUACUCCUGAACCUUCCUCUGCUCUCACCUCGUCACUCCUCUCCCACCACACAUUCUCCAGUCUCUCCCUCAUUUUGCUUUCUCUCUCUCUCUCUCUGUCUCUUUCUCUCUCCCUUUCGCUCUCUCUCUCUUUCUUUCUCUCUCUCUCUCUCUCUCUCUCUCUCCCUCUUUCUCUCUCCCUCUUUCUCUCUCCCUCUUUCUCUCUCCCUCUUUCUCUCUCCCUCUUUCUCUCUCCCUCUUUCUCUCUUUCUUUCUUUCUUUUCUUUCUCUCUCUCUUCUCCUCCCCUCCUGUCAUUCUCAAGUGCAUAACUGUCUCAGGACCUCCCUCCCCUUGUGUUCCAAUGUGUUGUUAGAAACACUCUCCCAUUGGCUGUCGGGCCCCUUCACUCUCCCCUCUCUCUCCUCCUAUUGGCUGUCGGCCCUUUCACUCUUCUCCCUCCCUUUGUGGAAUACUGAGCCAAUCAACGAUACCUUGGCCACGUACGUUUCAGAUAGAAAUGGAGCUGACGUGACUCCUUAUUCUACAUGUCAGAGAGUCAUGUUCUACAUCAAAUAUAUCUACACAUGUAUUCCUUAUCGCUGGUUUCACCCCGUAGCACAAGUCCCUUGUGGCACUGUAUGGUAUACGCAUUGGAGUACAUUUGACUUGUUCUAACACCCAUAUCAUUCUACACCGAUGUCAGAUGACAUGUGUUGAUCAUAUUCGUUCGUACAUGAUGAUGUUAACUUAAUACCCACCCGAGCCAAAACGUUUUACAGGUGCAGUUCUGUUCAGGGAUUCUGUUGUCCUGUAAACUGUCUUUGUCGCUCUUCGUUCUGGUUAGGAAGUACAUAAGACAAUACUAAAGAAGGAAAAUCCCAUGAAAUCAUAACAACUCUAGGACUUGUCCAUGUAAUCGUAUUCAUUAUGAUCUAAAAGGCUAAACUGAUCCUAUAUCAGUACUCUUACUCUGAGCGGCUUUAUGAAUGCGGGCCCUGAUCAGUGGUCAUUUUGGAGACUUCAAUAACCCGAUCUUCUUUCUUAUUCACCUGGCUCUGCAUGUAUGAUGUUUGUUUCUAUGCCAAAUCUGGACAUCUUUACAGGUGUAGGAUCUUAGUUUGACCUGUUUCUCACAGCAGGAAAAUAAUCCUGCAGCAAAAUGACAUGUGGAUUAUAAUGGAGGUUUUUGUAGGGUUCGAUGAAUUGUCAAGGCAAAUAAAGUCUGAAAUGAAUAACUUAAGACACUUUUCCACCUUGAAUACACUAUAAGUUUGAAUUUUCUGCUGUGCAGGAAAUUCCCUGCAACAACAGGGUGAUCAAGUUAAGAUCCUACAUCUGCAUAUUCUACAAGUUUAGCUUCCAAGUCUUUUUUUUUUCUUGACAGGAUGUUUUGGUUGGUUGGUUUAGAUGUUUUGAUGCCUAUUGACAAUGACGUCAUUGUUUACAGAAUCAUAUCUGUAUUCUCUGUCGAGAAUCAUGCCUGUUUCUCUUCUCUCUGAUCUCUCCGUUUUCUCACUUCACACUCUGUUUUUUCAUCUCUUCCCCCACGAGGCUCCCUUGGCGUUAAACUCACCUCUCGUCUUUCUCACCUCACUCUCUAUUUCACCCUCUCUCCAUAAUCUGCCAGUCGACAUGAACUGAUGCUUGACAAUGAAUACAAUGAGGAAAUAGUUUAUUUCUGUAAGUUCACUUUCAAUGAGAAUAAUAUAAUGUGAUUUGUAUAAAUUAUUAAAGAGCUGUGAUCAAUAACAGGUGACAUGACAUUAAAACAAGGGAUUGAUAGAUUUGCACCCCAAAUGGAACCCUGUUUACUUAGGGCUCUGGUCAAAAGUAGUGCACUACAUAGGGAAGUGGGUGCCAUUUGGGACUCGUCUGCUUGCUUUGGCUCAGAAAGCACAAGAGGAGAGAGCUGUUACUGAGGGGGGGGUUCUACAGAGAUUCAUACCGCCUUCACGACGGCUCAUACAGCAUUCAUAGACGCAUCUUAAAGUCGUGAGCUCUUCAACCUUAAUCGGUGGUCUUAAACAGAGCAUUACUACAUUGGUUGUUAUCAUGCCCUAUGAAGGUGUUUACGAAGCUUCUGUUUAGUUGUUAUGUAGGGCUUCUUCAUCAGGUUAACUGGUUGGACUGACUGGUGACGUCUACGACCAGGGGGCAGUGUCUUAAUGGGAUUGUCACACUACAACUGUCCCAAAUAGCACCCUACCCCUUACAAAAAUGCACUACUUUUGACCAGAGCCCUAUGGGCAGAGAAUGGUGUUCCGUUUGGGAGACAAGCCUAACACUCCAUAUUUAAGGAAGAAAAGAUGAGUCAGAAAUUGGGUUUUAGAAGCCCAACGGAGAUACGCAGCAUAAAUAAGGGGGAAAUAAAAAUACAAGCUUGGAGCUUGUUUUAAGUUUCUUAUUUUUUUUGUGUGAAUAUUAAUUAAACACUGAACUUGAUCUAA